AUGGCUUUCAUGAUGCCGGUGAUGAAGAACGAGUUCGAUAUCUACAAAGGCCGCCAGCGCCGGAUAUCGGAAUGCUCGAACCAAAGCAACUGCCGGUCGCGCAAGGUGUCGGAAAGCUCCCGGUCGGACUGUCCCAGUCUGUCCACCUCGCCCGGCAAUGAAGGGUUCAUGUCGAGCUCGCCGGCCCACCGCAGCCACCCGAUGUACAUGUCCCAUCUUGCCUCCCGGUCACAGUUUUCACGCAACUCGUCCCGCACCUCGCAAAGUUCGCUGAUCGCUUCAAGCCCCUCGAAAGCAAGCUCGGGCAGCAGUCCGCCGAAGGGAGCAACGGGACCAUCGGUACCGGCUGCAGCCGCCGCCGGAAGCCAGAACAGCUUGAACAAGUUUCACACCCGGCUGGUCGACAAGCUGCGAAAGUCGCUACGCAAAAGCAAGUCGACCGAUGGACGGUCAUGAGAGGUGGGAGGUGGGAGUGGUGGCGCCGACGAGGACGACGAUCCCGAUCCGGACGAAGACGACAACGAGGAGGA